AUUAACUUUUGUCGGAUGUAUGUUCAACAACACAUAACUGCUGACGAUUCUUGCAAACGGUCUUGUUAGUAAUUUUUUAGUUUGGAUAAGCCAUGCUAUAUGAAUGUUACUUGCGUACCUGAAAUUGUGCUUCGUACUGGUGUAGCGGUAAAAAUUCGCAUGUCGUAGACAUUACCGGUUUAAUGAACAUUGCUUGAUGGACAGGACGGGCGAACUGAAUUGGUAGAGAUGCUCGUCCGUGAUCAAAACAUUUUGAAAGUGAGAAAAAUACAAAGCAAAGCGCAAAGUUGAUAUCGCUGUCAAACUGUCGUCCCCAGGAUCUCAUGGUGGGAUUUUUGCUUUUCAGCCGCGUAGAUUAAUGGGAACCAAGCUGAAUCAAACCCAUGUAAUAGCAAUAACUACCCUUUCCAUCGUCGUGUUGGCUCUUGUGUUGUACAUGUUGGUUAAAAUUGCCGCGAAACGGACGAGUCUGAAUAGCGGUAGAGUUUACAAAAAACGUCGUGGUGAAGCCAACAAAGUAUGGCAGAAAAGUUCAGCAAAAUUCAGCAUUCUUCUACCAGAAUUUCCAUAUGGAACAUUGGCCGAAUCAUUCAUCCAACCUGAAUUAUUUAAUCAAAUGCCAAAGGUCAUUGAAGACGAUGAAUUAUCCGGUGACUGUAGUCAAAGUUAUGCUGGGACGCUUUACGUUCACCUGCGAUAUGAUGUUACAAGAUCGGUUCUCGUAGUUCUAUUGCUCAAGGCACACGAUAUACUAGCAAACGAAGCAAAUGAAAUUAAUUACUACAUGAUGAUAAAUUUGUUCCCACAAAAACACAAACCAUGUCAGUCAUCAGUAUACAGGACGUCCACCGUUGAAUUGAAAGAGUCAUUCGAGUUUACAAUACCGCUCCACUAUCUCUUCUUCCAAAGUUUAAAAUUCUCGCUUUGGUCAUUUGAUCGUUUUUCACAUCACGAGGUCAUGGCUGACACCUUGGUUCACCUACAAGAGCUAGAAAAAUAUGGUUUGUCCAUAUGUCGCGAUGUUUUUCUGGCAAAGACAUUUCUAAUGGUGCCAAAGGCAUCCGAUGUGUGUGGCGAAAUAUUUUUUUCACUUGGAUAUCUACGUCUAACGCAAAGACUAGCUGUUGUUAUCAUUCAAGUUGUCAACCUGACAAAACUUGAUGAUGAACUACCUGAUCCAUUUGUUGAGGUAGCUUUAUUGCGUAAAGACAAAAGAAUUAAAGUACAAAGAACCUCGACAAAAAAGAAAGAGCAGAAUCCAAAAUACAACGAAACAUUAACAUUCGAUGUUCCAGCAGAAUAUUUACACGAAUCAAGCUUGUUGCUUUGUGUUUUAAGCAAAACAGGGAAGUCGUGUUUGGAAGAAAAUUUAGGUACAGUUUUGCUAGGAGCUGAUGGAAGUGGCGAAAAUUUUGACCAUUGGGAAGAGAUGAGGACUGGAACGAAACCGAAACCAAGAUGGCAUAAAUUAAGAAAAGGUUUUUAACAAUUUGGAACUGUUUUUUACUAUAUAUACUAAUUUUUAAAUUCAAAAAAGGCAAUUUUAUUGUAAAAUUCUCCUAAAAGCAAUAUGCUCCAGACAAUGUCAUAUGCUCACAUUAGCUUAUUCAUAUAAUAUGGCUCUCUGCGCGCAGAAGUUACGAUUACACGCAUAAUGCGUUCCGCCGGCAUUUUGUAAAUAACCUAAUAGUUAAUCAAAAUCUAGAGGAAACACACCUAAUAUAGGGAAGUGUUUAAUCAGAAAAGAUUAAGACCCAACCUACUAAUUCUAUGUCAGAAUCUACGAAUAUACUAUUUUACAUCUGUUAUAGGCAAUUUGCAUCAUAGAAACGGACUAACCAGUAGCGUAGCCAGCCUGCCGAUUUGUCCCGCUAUGCUAAUAUUUUGGUGUUCAUUGAC